AUGGAAGAUCCAAAGCAAAUCAAGCUCAGCGUCUACAAAGGAUGGGGCCGCAGCGAGAAGAUCGAUGCAAAGAUCAACAUUUACCAGGUCCAGCAUCAGGUUCCCGAUCCUCUGGCCAAAGUCGAGUUGGAGGAAACCCUCAAAGCAGCAUUGCGAUUUUCUGCCAAUGCUGUGAGACGGACGACAUAUAAGGAGUCUUUUGGAACUCUUAUGUCAUCCAUACUUUUCAUGUGUGCCUUCCUUGUUGCCGUUCUGUGGUUCAUGAUAUCCCAUCAUGUUGCCUACAAUCGCAGCAACUCCCAUCUGGCCAAUAUCAUCAUGAUAUUGAUUGUAUUUGUGUGGAUCAUCCUUUACGAGAGAUUUGUGAUCCUUCCACGAUCUAAGGAGCGAUAUGAACACGCGGCUAGAGAAUUGGAUGCAGGGUUCAGAACUCGAGGCCGGCAAUUGGAGUUUGUGACAGAAAGCUUUGAUUCUCCAUUAAAAGCUGUUGCAUUCUUCAAGCUCACACCUGUCGCACCUUCCAGCAGCAGCGAUGGGAAAGAUGCAAAUGCUGCAACUAUAGGGUUUCCAAAUGUAGAAGACGGCGAAGUAUGGGUUUGCGCAUCUUCCUUAAAUGCGGCACCAUAUCUCUCCAGCUUUUUUCACCCUAAGGCUCCGUCAUUGCUUGAUGGUGUCCCAGCUUCGAUGAAGUCAUCCGUGGAUUUGUUCCUUUGGGGCCUGCUUACAGAAGCCUGCGGAAGUGCUCGCACGAAGUACUUUCAUGGUCAAGUCUGCUGGAGAUCAGGAGUUAAGGUUCUUUCGGUCUUUGUACUCGUGACUGCAAUCGUUGGGCUUACCAUGUACUACAGCGCCAUAGGAGGAGACACUGCUGAGCUUGGGGCUUUGUUCUAUUUGGGAAUUGUAAUUGCCGUCUUUCUCGGUUCCAUUUAUUUUUACUAUGGAAUGCUUUCAAUUACUCAAGCCAUGGUUGCCAAGCAAUCCUUUCAUCCGGAAAUGCCAGCGAUUGUGAAAGAGUUCGAACCCAAAUUUGCAGACGCAGGUUUUCGAAUGGAAUAUAUCAUGGAGGACCAAGAAAUUCCAUUAGAGUAUGUAAGGAAGGGAUCUUGCAAAUCUGGUCAAGGCUUUUUUCCGAUUUGUAUCGGUGACCAAUCAGGACUAUGUGCAGAUUUCUGA